AUGAAGAAUCUUACUUUGAUACUUGUUUUUAUUAUUGUAACCUUUGUAACCUUCGGCAAUAUCGCUUUUGCUAUAGCCCCCCUUAAAUGGAAACGAGAAAAAGAUAUUCUUCAUAGGCGGAUUGUUGCUGAGAAAACAAUCGUCAGAAAAUCAUCUUUGGUAGCAAGAGACCCCGUUUGUCUAAUCGGAUAUUUUCGAUGUUCAAUUAGCAACGGAUGUUGCGCCGUCGGCGAAACUUGCUUACCAGGCGGACCUCCUUACAAAUGUAGCAGUGACUGCUCCACUAAUGAUAUAGCUUGUGGAGACGAUACUUGUUGUAGUAUAGACCAAAUUUGCACCAGCGAUGGCUAUUGUAAAUCACAAAGAACUCUUCGACCAGAUUAA